AUGGAAGUCGUAGAGCAGAACAAAGGGAGGAAAAAUUUGAUCUCCAAGACAUGGGAGCUAUGCAGAUCAAUGAGUAGUCGUCCCCGUAGAAAUAAAUUAUCUCUUCCGUUCAUGUUAAAGAGUAGAUCAUGGCCACGCAGAGGCAACCGGCCGCCCAUGAACUCCCCCGACAAGAGCAGUUUCAGUACCCGCAGCAGCAGUAGCAAACGCAGCGGCAAUACGAGAAGUCAACAAGUUGCACCAGAAGGUUGCUUCGCUGUUUAUGUUGGGCCACAGAGACAAAGGUUCGUGAUGAAAAUGAAGUAUGCAAAUCAUCCACUCUUUAAGAUGUUGUUGGAAGAGGCGGAAGAGAAGUAUGGUUACAAUAGUCAAGGCCCUCUUGCACUUCCUAAUUGUGACGUCGAUCAAUUCUAUGAGGUGUUGUCAGAGAUGAACUGCGGUGACGCCGGUGAGGUUCGUCAAGGUUGCAGUUUUGUCAAGCGGUCUGGUUCUUAUCAUCUUUUAAGUCCAUCACGGAUGUUGGCCGUGAGUGAUUUCUAG